AACUUAACUGUUACGUUCAACGGUGUCAGUCCUGUUAGCUAGUUAGCUGGUGCUAACGAGGAUGUCGUUAGCACCAGUCGCACGCUAACGCACCAGACGCACGUUAACGUUACUAUUAAUCGUUUCUUUCGUUUUAGUUCCUACUCUGGUUUCAUUCUGCUCGUCAACUCCGUGUUUCUGGUGCGUGACUUUGUACGUAACGGUUACAUUGUCCUCAAUGCUGACCAACAUGGAUGGACAUGUCCCCGAGGAGGAUGGACAGACUGUACCAGCGCAAAAGGAGGAGGAAGAGAUGGAUGUUACCGUGACAUCGCAGCUAGAGAAUCUCAUCGUAACACUCGUUGACACGGAGGCAUCGCCAAGUACAGAAACCCCUCCAGAGGGAAAAGCAGAUGUGCAUCCAGACUCGACAGCGGUGGCGCUUUCUUCAGACGGUGUGUGUGAGACGCAGGACUGUGAGGAAGAGGACAGUGACAGCUCUUCGUCUUCUUCUUCCUCAUCUUCUUCAUCCUCCUCUUCUCCCCCUGCCCGCGUAUUUGAGGAUGAUGACGACGAGGGUUUCAGCCAACCAGCCCCCAUCAAAACCAGAGAUGAAGUCCUGCUCGAGGAGCUGCCAGCAGUGGAGGAGUUGUCUGUGUCGUUACCAGAAGAUGCACAACUGCAACCUAUCGGAACGGUCUCCAGUAUUAUACAGCAGCUUGUUGUGAUCCAGUCUCUGAAAGACACACCCCCUCUGACGGAUGACAGCAUCAUCUUUACAUCUGAUAGGCUGGCUCUUGGCAAGGUGUUUGAGGUAUUUGGUCCAGUGUCCAGUCCGCUUUAUAUUUUGCGUUUUAACUCUGUAGACCAGAUAAGCAGCAAGGGGCUGACGGAGGGACAGACGGUUUAUUACACACCGGACAUCAAAGAGUACACAAGUUACAUCCUCACACAACAGCUCAAAGUUUUUAGGGGAUCUGAUGCAUCCUGGAAGAACGACCAAGAACCGCCAAUGGAGGCUUUAGAUUACAGUGAUGAUGAGAAGGAACAUGACGCUAAGAAGAAAAUGAAAAACUCUAGGAAGAAGAGGGACAGUAACAAUGCAGAUAAUCCUGUCCACGUUACCCAGAACACCUCACUGCAGCAGCGUAAUGUGAGGGGUUUCCCACCAAGACACGCAGGACCUCCGCUCAGGCACCAGAACUCGAGGAAUCAACACCCACUGUUCAGCCAUAGCCCCACUCCACCCAGACACACUAAUGUCCAUCCAAUGUACCUCCCCCCUCCCUGCCCUUACCCUCCUCCACCGUCCCACUUUUUCCCCCCACCCAACUUCCCUCUGUAUCCCCCCCCCCCUCCCUCAUUUUUCAACCCGUCUUUCUCCUAUCCUCUCUGGCCACAUAACUCUGUCCCCUUCUCUGACCUCCCUCCUCCACCCCCUCCCCCUCCUCAGUGAUGCACAUGUACACACUACCAGAGCUCCUGCUGGGGAUUUGGGUCAUCUUGUUAAAAUGAUGUCAGACUGGAAGAAUCCUCCAUCAUGUGGAUCAACCACUGGCGUACUGGUUAACUGUGUUCAUGAGGCUUUACGAUCACACAGUAUGAAAUUAUAACAAUGGGACAGCUCAGUGAUGUGCUGUCACCACACACAUCAUGUAAAAACUAUUAGUUAUGUAAUUGUUCCCACAACCAUUUGUUUACCAACUCGACAUCCUGAAGAGUCUUUACCGUAUGUGUAUAUGACAUGCUUGUUUUGAUUUUCCCACUAAACACAAGUUCAUAGUUUUUUCUUUUCUUACUCAACUGGAGGAAAAUAACUUUGAUCUAAACGGACACAAAACCAAUUGUCAGUGGCUUUCUGAUUCUUUUAUGAUUUUGAUUUUAAUGAGCUAGCUGGACUUUCAUAAGAAGAACAUAUAAAAGUGAUUUUGGGGGGUUUAUUCGCAGAAGUUAAAGUAACAUAUUCAGAACUAUGCUUGUAACGGUACUGACGAUUGCUUGGGGUGCCAGCUAGGUCGGUGCCUAACAAUGUUUCUUCAGGGUUGGAGUCGUUAUUUGUCCUUUAAAGUCAACCGCACACAGGCCUCAAGUAUAGAGGAGAAUAAUCACUAUUUUUGCGCCGCCCCGCAUUUCCGCUUUUUUCACUCUUUUCUGUGACAAAGGUGCACAGCGUGGAUUGGUUGCCGACGGAGGUGCGCCUGUGACAGGGACGGGGGGGUGUCGGGAGGUAGCAGGAUAGGUCGUGAGGUAGGGAUUACAGAUCGCUACAUGCUAUCAUGGGUGUAUAAUCACCUGAAAUUAUGAAUAAUUGUCGCACCUCCAUGUUUCUACCGUAGCCCAGAACACACACAUAAUUGAAAAGCAGGCACAGAUUGUGAUGUUCUUAUUCCAUAAUGGGUGUUUGGGCAGUGCAGUGGUUCAAAUCAGCUGGUUAGGACCUUUCUGCAUGUUCUUCCUUUGCAUUCAGACCCGCAUGGCCACCAUCACUGUUUACGAACUGCGUAUACGUCAGCUGGGAUCAGCUCCAGCCUGAAAGGAGGAGCCCUGAUGUAUGGGGUUGUCCUGUAGAUGUUACACUCAAAGACAUACAUUGAAUGUCUAAAUGAUACACAACAUUCUCCUGUUGAAUUCUACACUCGGGCUGCUUUCUUUGAAUGUAUCUGACUUUGUGUCCCAGUCAUGUUGGUUCACGGUCUGAACGAUGUUCAGUUGCAGCUAAAUGGUUUAGGAGUUCAUUUUCUGUGGCGUUGAUUGAAAAUAAUCAGCUGAUUUAUUUUCACUCGUGUGAUAUUGUAUAUAUUUUUGUACCAGAAUGCGCUCUACGUGUAAUUGUUUUCCCCAUUUACUGAGCUGCGUCAUUAAUGAAAAUAAAUGACUGACGACCCCACAUGUCUGUAACCCGGUCGUGUAAAGUUGCCGCUGUAGUCGCGUCUCUUCCACAACCUUUUCUCCACAGGACGGAGAGUCAAACUGGAAUAUGGAAAGACCAAACUGAAUAAAAGGGUGAAUAUUUUGCAAAACA